GCAGGUGUGCGCGUGGCCGUGCACGCUCCCGACACGCCGAGAGAAGAGACACGAUGUUGUUGGAGGUAAAGAUGGAGGACUGUCUGGAUCGUGGCGACUCUUCUGAUCUGGUUUCUCUGCUUCGUGACGAAGGACUGAGCAGCGUCACACUCACCAGACUAGACCAGCUGGUCACCAAGGAUCUGUGUGGAUCCAGGUUCAGCAGAGUUCUGGUUGUGUUGAAGUCUUUAGAGAUUCUGUCAGAGGACAAAGACAACCUGCAGACGCUCAUAACCUACGGACUGACUGCUAAAGUGGUGUUGUGGUUCGAAGCUGUCCAUGACCUGCUGACCUCUGACCUCCAGAAGAACUCUGCCUCCCUGCUCUGCCUCACAGAGGAGUUCUAUGACUACUUCCUGCUCCUGGGUCAGGCGUCUCUUCCAGUCAGUCAGCUGUCUGUGGUUCUCCUUCAGUUGGCUCGAUUCACUUUAGAACCAGAGAUCUUCUUUCCGCUGAGACUAGAGGCCAUCAGAACUUUAAACAGCAUCCUGGAGUCUCUGAGCCGCGACCAGAGGAAACUGAUCCAGACCGCCCAGAGCCCGUCCCCCAUACUAUCUGAGGUGGCAGCAGCAGUUCUGACCGUUGGAGACUACGAGCUGCAGGUCAGCCUAUCAGAGGCUCUGUGUCGACUGACUCCCAGGAAGGAACGACAGCACAGAGCCAAUCAGUGGUUCUCCAGCCGUGACAUCAGCAGUGCCUUCUGUGACAUCAGAGAUGGAGACUUUGAGGUGGACUGCCGCCAUUUCCUGAACUUUGUCAAUGGUUACCAUGGCGACCAGAGGAGGGUGUACACCUUCCCGUGUCUCCGAGCAUUCCUGGGCUCCACUGAGCUGUUUCGACCAAAAGACGACAAACUGGACCAGUUCUGGAUCGAUUUUAACGUCAGCUCAGGAUGUGUCAGCUUCUUCAUCGACGAGCCUCAGGCUUUCCUGUGGGGGUCGAUCCACCUGCUGAGGAGGGACGUGGAUCAUUACAGUCUCCAGCUGAACCAACACGAGACGGUCCUCAGCGUCUGGCUGAACAAUCCCAUCAUGCACCACAACAGCAGAGGUCAAACAGUGGAGCUGAAGUUUAACUCUGAACACCACCGAGAGCUGGAGGAGGCUGCUGGGAGAGUCUUCAUGAAAGUAAAGAGUUCCUGCAGAGAGGAAGACUCGAGUGGUACGCUCCAGGUGUCCCCCUCUGCACACAGACACAAUGGUAGAUCCUACAGCAGGAAGAAACCACAGAGCAAGAGUCAGCUGAAGAUUUUGCCCCUGUCGUCUCCGAGCAGUGAAGAAGACUCCUCUGUAACCAAGACUCCAGUGAGCAGAUCAGAGUUUCUGUUUGAUCAGAUUCAACACUCGACUCCGACACACAACUCAGGUGUUCCUGUGGGGGCGGAGCUAGAGGUCUCUCGGGAAACGACGGGGGAGUUUGGAGAAUAUGUCUCUCCUUUAAGAAAAGAAGUCUUCAGUUCUGACAGGAAGAGAGCUGCUCCAGACUCAGGUGUUCCUGUGGGGGCGGAGCCAGAGGUCUCUCAGGAAAAGACGGGGGAGUUUGGAAAAUAUGUCUCUCCUUUAAGAAAAGAAGUCUUCAGCUCUGACAGGAAGAGAGCUGCUCCAGACUCAGGUGUUCCUGUGGGGGCGGAGCCAGAGGUCUCUCAGGAAAAGACGGGGGAGUUUGGAAAAUAUGUCUCUCCUUUAAGAAAAGAAGUCUUCAGCUCUGACAGGAAGAGAGCUGCUCCAGACUCAGGCUACUUGUCAGACCAAACUGAGGACUUUUUGGCCCAAAAGAAGAGGGCGGAGCCUCAGCCAGAGAGGGAGGAGUCUAAAUCGCCACCGUCAGAGUCAUCACCGAAGGAGACGGAGCCAUUCGAGGCAGGGGGCGGACUGCUUGAUGAUGAGGGAAAGGGGGGUGCGAAAGAGUCAGGAGUGGAGCCAGAGUCAGAAUUGACGUCAGGCAUCACAGCUGCCUUCAACACCUUUAAAACACAACUUGAACAACAUUUCACUGGCUGCUGGAAGAGCGUGGAAACUGAAAUUCUUUUGUCUUUAAAAGAGUGUCAACAACACGUCUCCUCACUGCUGACAGCUGUCCAUCAACACAGGUUAGUGUUGCUGCAGAGGUUUGAGAACAGCGUCACUGAUCAGCUGAAGCGACUGAAUGAAAACUCAACCAGCCUGAACUCCAUAAACACACAGAUCCUGAGCUUCUUCCAGUCUGAGAUGCAGCGACUGGGCUCCUUCUGUGAUGAACACCUGCAGAGGUUAAAGUCUCUGGAGAGCAGCGAGUCGGGGGCGGAGCGUCCGUCCAGCCAAUGAGGAAGGAGAAGAGAGGAGUUCGUCCAAUAAAGAGGAGAGUUAGUGAUGUAGAAACUGUCCAGGUCAGGUGUGUGAUCCAGUCUGUUAGAAAACACUGAUCACAUUCAGGAUGAGAACAGAACCAGUCUGAGUGGACAGCUGUUUGUUUGUUUGUUUGUUUGUUUGUUUGGAUCACCGUCAUUCACCAAACCUCAUUCAGCGACUUUUGUGUUUUUGUUUCCUCUUGAGUUAAUGGAUCGCUUUGUUUUCUGAAGACUGAAAUAAAUAAAAAAACAACAUGAACAGAA